AUGCAAUCUAAUAGUUUUGGAAAAGUGACCUGGCUGGAUUUUAAAUGGUUAAAUGAACCAAAAAGGUGGAAUUUGUUUCGUGAUAAUCUGGAAGUGUUUACGAAUUUAAAAUCAGAUUUUUGGCAAGAAACUUACUAUGGAUUUAAAUUUAACACUGGGCAUGUGUAUGGGAUAGAUAUCAAAGAUAACUUUACCAUUGAGGUAUGCGUGGAGGCAAAUUUUACAACACUGUACGACCAAGCCGGUGUUAUGAUAUAUUUAGAUGAAAAACAUUGGCUUAAGGCGGGCAUCGAAUACAACGAUGGACAGCCGAUGAUGGGCAGUGUUCUGACCAAUGAUGUGUCAGAUUGGGCAACAGGUACUUACACAGGUAACCCUAACAGGUUCUGGAUCCGUCUAUCGAGGGUUGAUAAAGUUGUAUGCGUAAAAUACUCCUCGGAUAAAUCUACUUGGCACCUAUUGAGGCUCUGCCCUUUUCCUUCUGCGGACAGUUAUUUCGUCGGCGUUAUGUGCUGCUCACCACAAAGGCAAGAUUUGAAAGUCAUAUUUCAUGACAUGGCACUAACCUCGCCAGUUGAAGACAUACUGCACUCAGGU